UUCAUGCGUGACAAUCGGUAAGAGUUUCAACUUCCGUAAACAUGUCAACUUAAAUCCUUCUAAAAUUUAAUGCGGUAUACGCCCAUACGUGUUUUCAAAAGAAUUGUACACAGUUUUCUAUAAAAAUUUAACAACUUGGAAAUGGCUGAGCAAUUAGAAGUAGCUGUCAAGACGGGUAGAUCUGAUGUGGUGAAAAGUUUUGUGUCCACGUUGCAGGAAUCUAAAGAACAUCCUGAAUUGUUGAACCAAGUCUUGAAAGAGCCAUGCUAUGAUGGGGAAACUCUACUCCAUCUUUCAUCAAAGGAGGAUCAGUUUGACAUUGUCAGGUUACUGAUAUCAGCUGGAGCAGAUACAACUGUGUUGAAUAAAGAUGGAAAAUUUGCGUACAGUGUAUCAGCCUCGGAGAAAACAAAGUCCGCAUACAGGGAAUGUCUUCUACAGGCAGCAUCUCAAUCAAACAUUGAUCAAGUGGAGCAGUUGAUUAAAGGCGGAGUCAGUCUGAACUUUACAGAUUCAAAAGAGAGUUUAAACUCGCCACUUCACUGGGCAGCUAGCUUCGCUGAUGUUAAAACAGUAGAAUGUCUCUGUAAGCAUGGAGCAGAUGUACAUGCUGUAAAUACAGAUGGAGGUUCACCUUUACAUGAUGCUGUUGUUAGGGGAAACCAUGAAAUAGUUCAUUGUCUCCUCCAGUAUGGAGCCGACCCUGCUCUACAGAUCAGUCAUGGGAAAUCUGCAGGAAAGACUUGUUUCGAGUUAGCUGAAGGUAAACCUGAAGUUUUGAAAGUUCUCAACAAUCCCCCAGCUGUGAUACAAGUUGAUACUGUACAGUUAGAGACACAGGCAAGCACAGACAGCCUGGUUGUUGGAGACCAGAACCAUUUGAAACUGUCCUUACCUAAUGGUAGUGUACGUGUAGCCAACCAUGUGACGUCCCCCACCCCCAGUGAUGGUCCAGCUACUCCCCAGCUCAUGUCACCAGUGUUCAAGAGGUCACCUGUGUUAGAUGUUUCAAUGAAGCCUCCACAAGUUGUAACGGAGGAGAAGUUAAGCCGUCUUUGGCCCCAGCCACAGAGUAUAGAACAGCAAGAGGGGUAUCCCUUUCAUAUCAGAAAACCUACUUUACCUGUCAUGAUCAGUGUUGCUACAGGGGCUGCUUUAAGAGAUAUUAGAAAAGUUUGGAUGUUACAGAAGUCAAAGUUUGAAGAUAUGAACUUAAAGCUAGCUUUAGAACCUUUCACGCCUCUCAGUGACAUGGAUGAUCCUCAUAUUGUGUGCUGUGUCAGUCAGAGGCUUUGUCCUGGAACUGGGUCAUAUAAACUUACUAUAAUGCAAAAUCAGAUUAAAGUGUUAUCCAACAAUUGUUCCAGUCUUCACUAUGCAAUAUCCACUCUGGUACAGUUGUUCAGGAUGUACAGAGAUGAAAAGAAAAAUGAAAUACAGUUACCACAGCUCAGGAUAGACGAUUGGCCAGAUUUGCCAUAUAGAGGUGUACUCUUUGACAUAUCACAAGGGAGAGUUCCAAAUAUGGAAACUUUUAAAGAAACAGUUUUAUCAUUGUCAUCACUUAAAGUUAAUCAGAUCUAUUUAUAUACAAGAUUUAGAAAUUUGGAACAAAUUGCCUGGCAAGUCUAUUAUGGAAUGGAAGAGAUAACAGAACUGGACGAGUUUUGCCAUGAUUAUGGUAUAGAAUUGAUCCCUGUGUUAGAGGUGGCCCCUACAGUACAGUAUGAUGACCUUCAACAGAUGUACCCUGUCUUCCAAGAUUUCCUCACCUGUUUUAGCUUUAAUCAGUUUGUAAGUGUAGGUCCGAGACUGAGUAGUUUUCUGUUAGACGUAGAUGAGGACAAUGAACUGAAUGUUACAGACUGUGCGACCAUGUUACCUGUACGCUCACAUCAGACAAUCCAGCUGUGUGGCUACCCUCUACAUGACCUCAACCCCAACACACUGUCUCAGCUUCCUCCGCAUCUUGUGUUUAAUGAAUAUGGAGUGCAGGCCACUCAUAAUUUUACAGAAAUAUGCAAGCCAUUAUCAAAACAAGGGAUGAAUUACCUUGUAUGUCCAGGUACGUCCGCUUGGAAUAGUUUGGCAGGUUGUCCCGAGGCUGCUUUAACCAAUGUUUAUAAUGCAGUAAAAUGUGCAAUAUCUGAUGGUGCCAUGGGAACAAUUGUGUGUAACUGGUCUGGCAAGGGGCACAUAACUCAUCUACCUUUCUGCUGGCCUGGAUUCCUGAUGGGGGCAGGGCUAAGCUGGAAUGCUGAUUGUCAUUGGGAAUUCUGUUUAGGCAAUUUAGAAGAGUUACUAAAUCUACAUAUAUUCCGAGCUGAGAAAGGUGUUAUAGGUCAUGCUAUAGUAGAAUUAGGAAGAGCUGAAACUUACUUACUUAGAUGUGCUAGAUGUCAGACAGGUGAUGAUUGUUCAGACUUGCCAUCAGACAAUGGUUCCAUGUUAUAUCAGUUUCUAAUCCAACCAGACAACUCGCCUAUAGAAAAUCUCACACCAGAAAUACUUCAGAGGGUGACCCGUCAUGUAAGAAAGUGCCAAAAUGAGUUGAAGGCAGCAGAGUUGAAGUGUACACAAGGAUCUAGUAUUGUGACAGAAUUACAACUUACUUGUGAUCUAAUGCUGUUAUCUGUGAAAAUUGGUAGAGCUCUGGUUGUAUCUGGUAGAAAUCCAAGUUCCCAGGCUGGUUGUAGUGUGGUUAAUCUCGGUAUAAGUAAUUUACCACCUACUGUAAAAACAGAUCUGGCUAACAGACUUCUAGAGUUACUUGAAAUGUACGAAUCUCUAUGGAAACAAAGAUAUCUGGAACAUGGACUUAACUUUUCUGUAGCAACUUUAAAGAAUAUUUUAAAACAAUUUAUACCAGACACUAAAACUCAGGGAGGUACAGACAGUGAAAGUUCUUAAUGAUGAAAUAUAUAGCAAUUUAAUUUUUGAGAAAGAUUUAUGUAUUUUAUCGUUAAAGAUACACACUUAUUAUGGAUUGUAUCGUGGGAAUUUUGUGGAUUUUAUACCACAGUUGUGGGAAUGCAUGUUUUGAAGUUGUGUGGAUUUUAUUGUGGAAGUUGUGUGGAUUUUACUGUGAAAAUGAUAAAGAUAUUAUUAUGGAAGUUGUGUGACAUUUACUUGUGUAGAAGUUAUUUCAGUUUUGGAUACACCUCACAAGCAUUUGAAUCUCUUGCUAUAGACCAAAAAAUCAACAAAAAGUGUGAAGUUCUGCUGAUAUAUAGAACAGUUAGAGUUCUGCUCAUGUUACAGGACUUUGUGAAGCCCAGCUAAUGUGGAGAGCAUUUUCAGAAUAAACUCCAAUAGAACUAAGGUUGUUUAAAUGGGUUAGAAUAUAAUAUUAAAGCAGAACUACAUGUACAAAAUAAACAUGAAUUCAAAAAGGUUGUUAAAUUCAAUUUUAUUGUUAUUUAGAUAUCUCAUUUUGUAAAACACUUGUUUUAUGUGGGUUUUUCCUUUUUAGCUCACCUGUCACAAAGUGACAGGGUGAGCUUUUGUGAUCGCUUUUCGUCCGGCGUCCGUCCGUCGUUCGUCCGUCCGUAAACUUUUUACUUUAAAUGACAUCUCCUCAUAAACCACUAAGCCAAUUUCAUCCAAACUUCACAGGAAUGUUCCUUUGGUGGUCACCUUUAAAAAUUGUUCAAAGAAUUUAAUUCCAUGCAGAACUCUGGUUGCCAUGGCAACCGAAAGAAAAAACUUUAAAUAUCUUCUUUUAAAAAACCAUAAGAGCUAGAGCUAAGAUAUUUGGCAUGAAACAUCUUCUAGUGAGUGUCUACCAAGUUUGUUCAAAUAAAAGCCCUGGGGUCAAAAUUGGCCCCACCCUGGGGGGUCAUUGAUUUUCCCUAUAUGCAUAUAGUAAAAACUUAAAAAAUCUUCUUUUAAAGAACCCAAAGAGCUAGAGCUAAGAUAUUUAGCAUGAAACAUGUUCUAAUGGGUGUCUACCAAGUUUGUUGAAAUAAAAGCCCUGGGGUCAAAAUUGGCCCCGCCCCGGGGGGUCAUUGAUUUUUUCCUAUAUGCAUAUAGUAAAAACUUAAAAAUUCUUCUUUUAAAGAACUCAAAGAGCUAUGGCUAAGAUAUUGAGCAUCAAACAUGUUCUAAUAGGUGUCUACCAAGUUUGUUCAAAUAAAAGCCCUGGGGUCAAAAUUGGCACCGCCCCGGGGUUCAUUGAUUUUCCUUAUAUGUGUAUAGCAAAAACUUAAAAAAUCUUCUUUAAAAAAACCCAAAUAGCUAGAGUUAAGAUAUUAAGCAUGAAACAUCUUUUAGUGAGUGUCUACAAAGUUUGUUCAAAUAAAAGACCUGGGGUCAAAAUUGGCCCCGCCCCGGGGGUCAUUGAAUUUCUUUAUAUGUGUAUAGCAAAAACUUAAAAUCUUCUUUGAAAAAACCCAAAUAGCUAGAGUUUAGAUAUUAAGCAUGAAACAUCUUCUAGUAAGUGUCUACAAAGUUUGUUCAAAUAAAAGCCCUGGGGUCAAAACUGGCCCGGCCCCAGGGGUGUCAUUGUUUUUAACUAUAUGUGUAUAGUAAAAACUUAAAAAAAAUCUUCUUUUAAAAAGCCCAAUGAGCUAGAGCUUAGAUGUUUAGCAUGAAACAUCUUCUUAUGGGUGUCUACCAAGUUUGUUCAAAUAAAAGCCCUGGGGUCAAAACUGGCCCGGCCCCAGGGGUGUCAUUGUUUUUAACUAUAUGUGUAUAGUAAAAACUUAAAAAAAAUCUUCUUUUAAAAAGCCCAAUGAGCUAGAGCUUAGAUGUUUAGCAUGAAACAUCUUCUUAUGGGUGUCUACCAAGUUUGUGCAAAUAAAAGCCCUUGGGUUAAAUUGGCCCUGCAACGUUGGGGUGGGGGGUUGGAGGUUGGGGGGCCUAUAUACAGGUGAGCGACCUCAGGGCCAUCAUGGCCCUCUUGUUAAUGGAUGUUAUAUGUUUUAAGUCAUAUCAGUCAGUAAAAUUUAUGGUAUAAAAUAGUCAUACCGUAAAACACUGGUGAAUUGAAUUCCAGGAUAGUGAAAUCUAUACAAUUUAUAUGAUCAGGCUCAUAAGAAAUUUUAAGUUUUAUACUAUGGAAUAAAGAACUUGUGAAUGACCGUCAUAUCUUAUAUAUUGAUAAUAUACUAUGCACAUUUCAACCAAAUCAUUAUAUAAUUAUAACACCUUUAUCAUUUAUGCCAUUAUCCCAUUAUUCCUGUAUAUUACCAUAUAUAGAAUAGAAUCUACAUAAAAUAGAGGGUUAAUUCACAGUUUUUAUUGCAUUAACAUCUGCAGAAGCAAUUUGGAGAAGUUGGAAUAUUUUAAGAUUGGUGGUUCCACAUGGAUGAAUAGCUCAUGUCUGAAAUGAGCCGCGCCAUGACAAAACCAACGUAAUGGGUUUGCGACCAGCAUGGAUCCAGACCACCCUGCGCAGUCUGAUCAGGAUCCAUGCUGUUCGCUCUCAGUUUCUCUACUUGUUAUAGGGUUUGUAAGUGAACAGCAUGGAUCCUGAUCAGACUGCACGGAUGCGCAGGUUGGUCUGGAUCCAUGCUGGCCGCAAAUCCAUUAUGUUGGUUUUGUCAUGACGCAGCUCAAGUAAUGAAAGGAUUGGAACCUCUAGGGGUUUUCUUUCACCAUGUAAGCUUAUUUUACAGGCUUGUUAUUUAAGAUUUUGUUUGAAUUCAACAUUUUUUUAUCUUUUUUUUCUGUGAUAAAUAUUAAAUGCAGUUAUUGUUUUUAAGAGAUAUUUUUUAACUGAUUCUGCUGAUUUUGUUUGAUUUUUUUCCUGCUUUUGUUAUUCUAUAAAAUUCAAAUUGGUGCAUUUUGAGGUUGAAAUAAGGCUAUGGCUUUCCUUAUUUAUGUGUUAAAAAGUAAAAUUUUGUAGUGUUUCAUUAUCAAGAUGAUUCAAUUUUGGUGUAAUAUAUUUUUCAACAACAUGAGAUUAUGAAUAUUUCUGUAAUUGCUAGCCCCUUACCACCCUAAAUAUUUUAAAUGGACUCAUCCGUCUUUUCAGUCUGUACUAAACCAUCAUUUUUAGGGAAAAGUCCAAAAUAUGUACUGACUGAACAGCAAACAGUGCAGACCAUGAUAAGGCGGCAUGGAAAGUACAGGCAGAUUUUGGUCUGUACUGGACAUAUGGGUAGAUUCAGUUGCUGCCAGCUAAAGGUUCAUGUAUCUGUGUGAAAAUAAAAAUAAAACUUUCAAUUAUGUUGAAAUAUAGAUCAUUAAAUUUUUGGGUUUAUUUUGCUUUGUCAUAUAAACUGUAUAGAUUUGCAAAAAUAUAACACUAUAUGCAUUGUAUUUUCACAUUCUGUUUUAGAAUAUUUUAAAGGGUCGUACAUGGCUGAGUGGUGAAGGAUGUUGACUUCAAACCACUUACCCACUUCUGUGGGUUAUCGAAUCCCACAAGCACUUUGGAUUCUUUCAUGUGAGGAAGCUAUCCAACUAGCUUACAGAACGUCAGUAGUUCUACUCAGGUGCUCGCUUGUGCCCGAUAUAAUUCACAAAGGGUCAACUCAUGAGGUCUUUCUCCAGCAGUAAAGCUGGAAAGUCCCCAUAUGACCUCUAAUGUUUUUAACAUUUCUCAGUAACUGCAAGAAGAUGCAAAAAGUUGACACAAAUAUUAUUGUUUGUUUCUUCUAUAAAUGAUUUGAACUGUUGCAGUAGUUAGCCAUUUUAUACUAAAUCAAAAAUGUUAAAAGUUUUAUUUUCUUAUUUAGAAAGCCUAGAAAGUCAUUUAACCAGAAUCUGUUUUUGUGUUUAUAUAAAAUAUGGUUUAUAGACAUGUACAUGUAGUAGAAAGUGACCUUAUAUUGUUUAAUGAAAAUGCAAUGUACAUGUUGAUUGUUAUUGAAUGAAUUGCCUAUUUAUUGUACAUGAUUUCUUUUUUUUGUCAUUGCUGAACAACUUUUAGUAGAUUAUUGUAUUACCAAACAAAUAUAGUGGUAUAUGAUGUAGGAAAGUGGUAUUAGGCAUACUUAUACUUCAAGUACUAGUACUUGAUUGGGUGACAAUUUAGAUAUGCAACAUAAUUUAUAUCACCAAAAUAAGUGUUGUGGGUAUUGCUUGUAUUAUUUAUUGAAGGUUUUUAUAAGCUUAUAUAACCAAACCUUAGUAUUAGAGUAGCAUUUAUAAAGACCUUUAACCAUUUUUAUAUGGCCUAGUAAAAAGGUUGAAAGCAAAUAUGACCAAAGCCAUUAGCUGAUGGUUAUAUAGCAAUCAAAAAUUAAACCAGGUCAUAUAACCUGUCAGUAGUCUGUAUAAUGAAAUAAUUACACUACAUAGUUACUUUCUUCCAUUGAAAUAAAGAUUAUUCGAAAUCAAAAAUUUUCAGCAGCGAUUUAUUUAAAAAGUGUUAAAGUCACAAUUAUCCAAUAAAAAUUGAGGUAAGAAAGUUACAGUAUUAUAAAUAUUUAUAAACUGGUUAUAAAAGUUGAGUAUAGAGUUAUAUAUAUAGAUGUUACUAUAUUUAGAGUAUAUAUGAAAGCACUGGCAUACAAACAUAAUUGUGUAUAAUAAUAAUGUUACUGAAUUUCUUAAGUUUUGUUUGUUAAAUGUUUAAUUUUUUUUAGCUCACCUGACCACGAAGUGGUCAUGGUGAGGUAUAGUGAUGGGGCUAUGUCCAGCGUCCGUCGUCGUGCGUUGUGCGUCGUGCGUCUGUCGUCGUCAACAAUUGGGUUGUUAACAGUCUAGCAGUCACAGUUUUGAUUGGAUCAUCAUCAAACUUUGUCAGAAUGUUUGUCUCAAUGAAAUACAGAUCGAGUUCGAAGAUGGGUUAUCUCGGGUCAAAAACUAGGUCACAGGAGCUAAAAAUAGAAAAAGCUUGUUAACACUCUAGAGGCUGCAGUUUUCAUCCAAAUAUUCUGGAAAUUUGUCAGGAAGGUUGUUUUGAUGAUAUCUAGGUCAAGUUCGAAGAUGGGUCAUCUCUGGUCAAAAACUAGGUCACAGGAGCUAAAAAUAGAAAAAGCUUGUUAACACUCUAACAAUUGGGUUGUUAACAGUCUAGCAGUCACAGUUUUGAUUGGAUCAUCAUCAAACUUUGUCAGAAUGUUUGUCUCGAUGAAAUACAGAUCGAGUUCGAAGAUGGGUUAUCUAGGGUCAAAAACUAGGUCACAGGAGCUAAAAAUAGAAAUAGCUUGUUAACACUCUAGAGGCUGCAGUUUUCAUUCAAAUAUUCUGGAAAUUUGUUAGGAAGGUUGUUUUGAUGAUAUCUAGGUCAAGUUCGAAGAUGGGUCAUCUCUGGUCAAAAACUAGGUCACAGGAGCUAAAAAUAGAAAAAGCUUGUUAACACUCUAAUAAUUGGGUUGUUAACAGUCUAGCAGUCACAGUUUUGAUUGGAUCAUCAUCAAACUUUGUCAGUAUGUUUGUCUCAAUGAAAUACAGAUCGAGUUCGAAGAUGGUUUAUCUCGGGUCAAAAACUAGGUCACAGGAGCUAAAAAUAGAAAAAGCUUGUUAACACUCUAGAGGCUGCAGUUUUCAUCCAAAUAUUCUGGAAAUUUGUCAGGAAGGUUGUUUUAAUGAUAUCUAGGUCAAGUUCGAAGAUUGGUUAUCUCCGGUCAAAAACUAGGUCACAGGAGCUAAAAAUAGAAAAAGCUUGUUAACACUCUAGUGGCUGCAGUUUUCAUCCAAAUAUUUUGGAAAUUUGUCAGGAAGGUUUUUUUGAUGAUAUCUUGGUAAAGUUGGAAGAUGGGUCAUCUCCGGUCAAAAACUAGGUCACAGGAGCUAAAAAUAGAAAAAGCUUGUUAACACUCUAGUGGCCGCAGUUUUCAUCCACAUAUUCUGGAAAUAUGUCAGGAAAGUUGUUUUGAUGGUUUCUAGGUCAAGUUCAAAGAUGGGUCAUCUCCGGUCAAAAACUAGGUCACAGGAGCUAAAAAUAGAAAAAGCUCGUUAACACUCUAUAGGCUGCAGUUUUCAUCUAAAUAUUCUGGAAAUUUGUCAGGAAGGUUGUUUAGAUGAUAUCUAGGUCAGGUUUGAAGAUGGAUCAUGUCUGGUCAAAAACUAGGUCACAGGAGCUAAAAAUAGAAAAAGCUUGUUAACACUCUAGUGGCUGCAGUUUUCAUCCAAAUAUUCUGGAAAUUUGUCAGGAAGGUUGCUUUGAUAAUAUCUAGGUCAAGUUCAAAGAUGGGUCAUCUCCGGUCAAAAACUAGGUCACAGGAGCUAAAAAUAGAAAAAGUUUGUUAACACUCUAAUGGCUGCAGUUUUCAUCCAAAUAUUCUUGAAAUUUGUCAGGAAGGUUGUUUUGAUGAUAUCUAGGUCAAGUUGGAAGAUGGAUAAUGUCCGGUCAAAAACUAGGUCACAGGAGCUAAAAAUAGAAAAAGCUUGUUAAUACUCUAGUGGCUGCAGUUUUCAUCCAAAUAUUUUAAAAAUUUGUCAGGAAGGUUGUUUUGAUGAUAUCUAGGUCAAGUUUGAAGAUGGGUUAUCACCGGUCAAAAACUAGGUCACAGGAGCUAAAAAUAGAAAAAGCUUGUUAACACUCUAGUGGCUGCAGUUUUGAUUAAAAUAUUCUGGAAAUUUGUCAGGAAGGUUGUUUUAAUGAUUUCUAGGUCAAGUUCGAAGAUGGGUCAUGUCUGGUCAAAAACUAGGUCACAGGAGCUAAAAAUAGAAAAAGCUUGUUAACACUCUAAUGGUUGCAGUUUUCAUCCAAACAUUCUGGAAAUUUGUCAGAAAGGUUGUUUUGAUGAUUUCCAGGUCAAGUUCGAAGAUGGGUCAUCUCCGGUCAAAAACUAGGUCACAGGAGCUAAAAAUAGAAAAAGCUUGUUAACACUCUAAUGGCUGCAGUUUUCAUCUAAAUAUUCUGGAAAUUUGUCAAGAAGGUUGUUUUGAUGAUAUCUAAGUCAAGUUGGAAGAUGGGUCAUCUCCGGUCAAAAACUAGGUCACAGGAGCUAAAAAUAGAAAAGCUUGUUAACACAUUAGGGGCUGCAGUUUUCAUCCAAAUAUUCUUGAAAUUUGUCAGGAAGGUUGUUUUGAUGAUGUCUAGGUCAAGUUCGAAGAUGGGUUAUCUCCGGUCAAAAACUAGGUCACAGGAGCUAAACAUAGAAAAAGCUUGUUAACACUCUAGUGGCUGCAGUAUUGAUUCAAAUAUUCUGGAAAUUUGUCAGGAAGGUUGUUUUGAUGAUUCUAGGUCAAGUUCGAAGAUGGGUCAUCUCAGGUCAAAAACUAGGUCACAGGAGUUUAAAAUAGAAAAAGCUUGUUUACACUCUAGUGGCUGCAGUUUUUAUUCAAAUAUUCUGGAAAUUUGUCAAGAAUGUUGUUUUGAUGUUUUCUGGGUCAAGUGCUAAGAUUGGUCAUGUCCGGUCAAAAACUAGGUCACAGGAGCUAAAAAUAGAAAAAUCUUUUUAACACUCUAGUGGCUGCAGUUUUUAUCCAAAUUUCCUGGAAAUUGGUCAGGAAGGUUGUUUUGAUGAUUUCUAGGUCAAGUUUGAAUAUGGGUCGUGUCCAGUCAAAAAUUAGGUCACAUUGCCCAAAUAUGGAAAAAUCUUUAUAACACACUAGAGGUCACAUGUUUGACUCAGUCGCAUCAAACUUGGUCAUGAUGCUUGUUUAAGACAUUGCUUGGAUGCGGUUGUGUCAGGUGAGCGAUCCAGGGCCAUCAUGGCCCUCUUGUUUAGAUAAAAAGAAGAAAGUAUAUAAAAGUCCUGGUUUACAAAAUGUAUUUACAAAUAUAUCUUUGUUCAAUAUGUAAUUUUUACAAUACCUAUUACCAGUAAUAUGUUAUUUGUAUGGUUACAAACAAGUUUUUAUGUACAGGGUUGUUAAUGAACAGGGUGUAAUCUUUGAAACUUAUUUUGUAGUCAGUAUUUGGUCAUAUUCUCUAAUGAAAGAGAGUGGGUUUUUCCCCCCAAUUCUUGAAGGAAACAAUUCCAAUUGAUAAAGUUGUGCCAAAGUUGUUGUGUAAUGAUUCAGCUGUUUUCAUCUAUAGAUAAGAAUUUUUUUUUCUACUGAUCUGUGCGGCCAUCUGACGAAAGUAAAUUCCUAAUGUCGAUUACAGUAACUUUUACCCUGCUAAA